UUGAUCUUCCGGUUUUUCGAAACUAGAUAAUUGAGUUUCCUGGUUCCAAUUUCGGCCAUUACGCCCAAUUUUUUUGCCGAGUCCUUAAAUUUCCGUACGGUAUCCCUACACACUUCACGAUGGGUAGGGAGGACAAGGCAACCUGGAAAGCAGGUUAUUUUAAUAAACUUAUUCAACUUUUGGAUGAUUAUCCAAAAUGUUUUAUCGUGGGCGCAGACAAUGUUGGAUCGAAACAGAUGCAGCAAAUACGUAUGUCACUGCGGGGUACCGCAGUCGUUUUAAUGGGUAAGAACACCAUGAUGAGAAAAGCUAUACGUGGUCAUAUUGAGCGCAAUGCAGCUUUGGAAAAGUUAUUACCACAUAUCCGUGGUAAUGUCGGCUUUGUCUUUACACGGGGAGAUCUCGUUGAAGUCAGAGAUAAGCUUUUGGAGAACAAAGUCCGUGCUCCAGCUAGAGCAGGAGCUAUUGCUCCAUUGAGUGUUGUAAUUCCUGCGCAGAAUACCGGUUUAGGUCCUGAAAAAACUUCUUUCUUCCAAGCUUUGAGUAUUCCAACCAAGAUUUCUAAAGGAACUAUCGAAAUCAUUAACGAUGUGCAUAUUUUGAAACCGGGUGAUAAAGUUGGAGCUUCGGAAGCUACGCUUCUGAAUAUGUUGAACAUCUCGCCAUUUUCAUACGGUCUGAUCGUCGAACAAGUCUAUGAUUCUGGAACAAUUUUUGCUCCUGAAAUUUUGGAUAUCAAGCCAGAAGAUCUUCGAGAGAAAUUUUUGGCUGGCGUUGCUAAUUUAGCAUCUGUCUGUUUAUCAAUUGGUUAUCCUACUAUCGCCAGUAUUCCACACAGCAUCGCCAAUGGAUUCAAGAACUUAUUAGCUGUCGCAGCAGCCACGGAUGUCGAAUUUAAAGAAGCAACUACUAUAAAGGAAUUUAUUAAAGAUCCCAGCAAAUUUGCUGCUGCUGCUACCAGUGCUGCUCCAGCGGCAGCCGCUGCUGCUGCUCCGGCCGCCGAAAAGAAAGAAGAAAAGAAAAAGGAAGAAUCUGAAUCCGAGGAUGAAGACAUGGGCUUUGCUCUCUUCGACUAAGUUUUGUAUCAGUGAUAUUUUUCAAUUACAAAUAUACACAAUUUGUUACUGAUA